AGUAACUUGUUUUCGUAACGUAUCUGGAGAGAGUAAGUAAAAUAACCUAUAAAAUCUAAAACCCUAAAAUUCCACAUCACAGUUCUCACCACCACCAAAACACUUCACAAAACUGAAAGAGAAAAUCGUAACGUAUCUAGCAAUGGACUUCGACGAGUACGAGUACUUGGAGAAGACGGUGGAGGAGCAACCGGAAGACAAGGAUUCAUCCAAAAAGAAGAACACUGAUAUCACCGACAUUAAAUCCGAGAGGACUUACCGGAAGCACGGCAUCGACGACGAUCUCGACGGCGGCGAAGAUAGGCGGAGCAAGAGGUCACGCGGCGGAGAUGACGAGAAUGGCUCUAAGAAGGAUCGCGAUAGAGACAGAGACCGUGAACGUGACCGAGAACACCGCGAACGAUCUUCCGGUCGUCACCGGGAGAGGGACGGAGAGAGAGGUAGUAGAGAGAAAGAGAGGGAGAAGGACGUAGAGAGAGGUGGGAGAGAUAAGGAGAGGGAUAGGGAGAGAGAAAAGGAGAGGGAGAGGAGAGAUAAGGAAAGGGAAAAGGAACGGGAGAGAAGAGAUAAGGAGAGAGAGAAGGAGCGUGCUGAGAGAGAAAAAGAGGAGAAAGAGAGACCAAGGAGGAGUAUGAGUCGUCCUGAGAGAGACAGAGGAGAGCGAGAUUUCGAAAACAGAGAUGGCAGGAGAUUCAGGGAUAAGAAAGAGAAUGUGGAACCUGAGGCAGACCCAGAAAGGGAUCAGAGAACUGUUUUUGCCUACCAGAUGCCCUUAAAAGCAACGGAGAGAGAUGUAUACGAGUUCUUCUCAAAAGCUGGCAAGGUGAGAGAUGUUCGUCUGAUCAUGGAUAGGAACUCAAGACGAUCUAAAGGAGUUGGGUAUAUUGAAUUUUAUGAUGCGAUGUCAGUGCCAAUGGCAAUUGCUCUCUCUGGCCAACUACUUCUUGGGCAACCUGUAAUGGUGAAACCUUCUGAGGCCGAAAAAAAUCUUGUUCAAUCUAAUGCUUCCAGUGGAGCUGCUGUAGUAGGACCAUAUGGAGCAGUGGACAGAAAAUUGUAUGUGGGGAAUCUUCACUUCAACAUGACUGAGGCUAAUCUGCGAGAGAUUUUUGAGCCAUUUGGUCAGAUUGAGGUUGUACAACUUCCUCUUGACAUGGAGACGGGACACUGCAAGGGUUUUGGGUUUGUUCAAUUUGCCCAUCUUGAACAUGCAAAGGCAGCUCAGAGUUUAAAUGGGAAAUUGGAAAUUGCUGGCAGGACUAUAAAGGUUUCAUCUGUUACAGAUCAUGUUGGAAGUCAGGAUACAACUACAAAGUCUGCAGACUUUGAUGAUGAUGAAGGAGGAUUGACCUUAAAUGCCCACUCAAGGGCACUGCUUAUGCAAAGAUUGGCUGGUACUGACAUUACCACAAGCAUUGGUGUGCCAACUGUGAAUGGGUCGGUUCCUGUUCAGCAGGCUUUUAGCAUGCCUUUUGGCAAUCCAGGUGUUAUACCCGCGUCAGUUCUACCAACACAAGUCAUGCCUACCCCUGUCGCAGAACCAGUAGGAAUUCCCAGCGAGUGUUUAUUAUUGAAGAAUAUGUUUGAUCCAAGCACUGAGAUAGAACCAGAUUUUGAUAUAGACAUAAAAGAGGAUGUAGAGGAAGAGUGUUCUAAAUACGGCCGGGUGAUGCACAUUUAUGUUGACAAAAGAAGUGCAGGUUUCGUUUACUUGCAGUUUGAAACAGUGGAAGCAUCAAGUGCUGCACAACGAGCAAUGCACAUGAGAUGGUUUGCACGCAGGUUGAUCACAGCUAUCUUCAUGCAACCACAUUUAUAUGAAGCCAAAUUUAAGGACGAAUCUUGAAGAAGUGCAUACGGGCCUCAAGCCUCUUGAAAGAUACAAGGAGUGCAAUUUUGUGGUUUAGUUUUUAUAAAUCAUGCUCUGGUUUACAGAUUUUGGUUCAUAAAUUGUUUUAGAUGAUUACAUAAAUUGUAAUGCCCAUACGGUGGUGAUAUUUGAGGUCUUUUUUAAUUUAGUAAGUUGAUUAUAUUUAACAAUUGUCCCUUGCUAUUUCAUUAUAUUUGUGUAAUGUAAAAUUACCUUGUUGUUUAA